AUUUACAAAAUUUAUUAGUGACAAUUAAUUGUAUAUUUUUGGAGAUUAUAGGAAGUGCUCGACAAAACUUUACCGAUAAUGUUUGAAAACUUGCGCAAAAAAUUUAACAAUACUAUUCAGGAAGGCUUCGUCAUUACCGAAAAUUUGCAGCAACAAUAUCGACAAAGACAGGCUUCGGCCACGAGUAGCAAUGCCACUACGCCCACUUUAGACGAGAGUCUACAUAGCAAUCGAAGUUCCAAUACGUUUAGCCAUCUUUCCGGCAGCGACUUGAUACUACCAGUGGAUGCCAACAUGGCUGCUGGUUGUAGCUUGCUUGCGAAAUAUGAAAACGAUUGGAAAAUGUUGCAUGAUGCGAAUGAGGAUAAUGCAACACAAGCGGCCCAGGUGGCCACACAGAUCGCACUGAUUGGGCAACGCACCAAAGUAUUGCAUGUGGAUAUGACAGAUCUGAUAACCUGUUUGUCGGGGAUACCAACGUUAGUUGAGAAACUACGCGAGAGCGCGGAAACGUUGGAAAAGGUGAAUACGCUAAGCGCAUCGGUAGAAACAGAAUUGGAACGAUUGGAAGACUUGUGUGAAGAGUGCGACUUACAAGAGUUUAUGCUGCACAAACAGUGCGAAUUAUCGCAAUUUAAACAAAUGAAAAUGAUCGAGUUAGAGUCCUACCGCCAACGUGUCGCAGCAGAACACCAAGAGAAGAUACGACAGCACGAACAGCAAUUACGGCAAUUACAACGCGAACGGCAAGCUGUAUUUGAGGAUGCAUUCCGUGGUGAUUUGGUGGAGUUCAAAACAAGGGGUACAUUACCAAAAAUUCAAAAUGAGGCUUUACCACAAUCAGUUGCGCUCGAAGAAGUUGUGCUUGAAGACGUUAAUACUAAGGAUGCACUCGAAGAUUUUCUGAACGGAUAACGAAUUUUAAUAUUCCAUAAAUAUUUGUGUUGUUUAUAAGAUUUACUCCGUCAGUGCCUUUUAUGCUAUUAAACUUUUUGUAUAUAUAUAUAGACAGACAGACAUAUGAGUAGAACCGCAUCUUGCAUGCAUUGGACACUCUACAGGAUAGUAAUUUGUUAAGCUAUAAAUAAGUAAAAAUAUACUAUAGAGACGUAUACUUAUACAUAUUUAA